AAGGAGAAGUGGAAUAAAUCGCUUCAGCAUGGAGUUAAAGAGGAGAGUUGGUGACAGGAUGUCUUUUGUCCUGCUUAUUUUGUGGACUAUUCCUACUAUAACAGCUCUCUCUGGCCUAAAUCUUGACUGUACCAACGACUAUGAUGAAUCGAUGUUUUGCCACUUUGAAGCGCAAAACUGCAAUGAAUACAGUUUGACUCUCUGGAGCAACGAAGGUUUUGGGGAGCCGCGUUGCAUUUUCAAAGAGUGUGCCCCUGGACAGUGUUGCUGCUCUUUCAAUGAAAUGAUAGCUGUUCUUGGGGAGAUGUAUGUAACAGUUUGGAAAGGAGGUGAUAGCAUGGAGUCCAAAAACAUCGACAUCAUAUCCAGCAUAAAACCCAAAACCCCAACACUCAUCUCAGUGAACGAAUCCAAUGGGAAUUUUGAAGUCAAGUGGAGGACAAACUACUACAACAAAAAAACGUCUUUCAGUGAUAGUUUGAUGGCUAAUGUGACUUACCAUAUAAAAGGAGACACUCAAGAGAAAUCUAUAUUGAUCAAGCCGACUACACAUGACGGACUGAAUAACUAUGAAAUAUCUGGUCGAGACUUGAUGCUAAGUACAACAUAUGUGGUCAGCGUCAAAAGCUACACAGACCUUAGUGACAAGUUCAGUGACAGUAGUGAAGAGAUGGAAUUCACAACCCCUGUAAACCCUUUUGUCCUGGCCUUGGUUAUCAUCAUCAACUUCAUUUUUACUGCAGUCAUCAUCGCCGCUGCUAUAUACUGUUAUGAAAAGAUCAAAACAAAGUGGUUGAACAUAGUUGCCAAAUGUCCAAAUCCCAAACUUCUGAUUAUUCAUCCAAGCAAACAAGAGCUCUUGAAGCCUUUGCAACCCAUCAUCUCCUCUGUCUGUGUUGAGCCCAUUGUUCCAGAUGACAGCAAACCAUGGUCGAAGGGGUCACUGAGCACUAGCAGUGGGUGCUUUGAGCAAAGCAGUGGAUUCAGUACCGGCUCUUCCUGUCUCAGUAAUGCUAAUACAGAACCUGCUGACAUUAUAGCCGGUGUUCAGGAUGCCCUUGGUAAAGCCUUCGCCAAUAUCAAUCCGGUAUCACCUUUGACCACCAAUCCACUUGCAGAAUCAAACAAAGGCGGCGGUUUGCUCUCCUCUCCCUACAACCCCUGUGGUGUCAGAGCUGAUGAAAUGAGUUCUGGAUCAUUUGGCUUCAUCAAUAAAACCUACUCCAUCAUCAUUCCCAGCUGCCUACAUCAGAUUGUGACGGACAGCUCUGAGGUCCAGACGCAGGCUGAAAUGCAUUGUGACUCUGCAUACCAUCCUAUUGCGGGUGACGUUGAGCCCUCUGUUGACCAACAGGCACCAGCUUGUCCGCUUGUUGAUUUUCCACCAGUGGUUUUAUCUGUUAUGCCAACAGACAUGUCAUAUCAGCAGAGCAAUGCAGAUUCUGGGGGAUUUCCAAAUGCAGAAGACUCCAGUUUGUCCUCCGUCUCUAGUGGCACCAACACAGUUGCGUCAGGCGAUCCUGUGACCAGAGUUGAGGCCGGGCGUGAGAGCUCUGAUGAGGCGGUGCAAGGCGCGACAAAGCCACAUGGGAAGACUGAAGAGGCUGAUGAAAACCCCUGCUACGGCUCUGUGCCCGCAGGCUCAAGCAGCCUUCCUCCAGUGGAUGACGACUACCAGCCAUUUCACAACCUGGUGGAGCAGCCUGAUGUUUUGUUUUCAGAGGAGAGAAGUGAUGAGAAAGAGGAACAUUUGAACAAAUAUCCAGGGGAAUCGUUCACCGAGAUGCCUCAGAGCUUCUUAAGCCCAGCUACCGCAAAUUUCAUUAACAAUGUCCCGGGUGACCGGUGUCUCUCUGAGCUCCAAACACCUUUUCUCCCCUUGAUCCCUGCUGACCAGUCAAAGCCAUUAUUAACAGACAGCGGCUAUCAGUGUGUGUAGCGCAGAAAUUUAGAAGAAGAGAGAGAGGGAGAGGAGGAUGUAACAGACUGCGAUCCAUCCAUCCAUUAUCUCUAACCAGGGUUGCGGGUGGGGGGGCAUGACAUGACUGUUUCAGGCCGUCAUGGGUAUUUUUUGUUUGCGGCAGCAAUUCAAAGACAACAUAUCUUUGCACCUUUUAAAAACAGUUGAUUUGUUUACUAUGUGAUUACGUUGCAACUGUGUGU